AGCAUGUGACCUUGCCUUUAAAAUACCCCUCGCUGUCAGCCGACAUGAGAUAUUUCUUCCUAUCACCCCUGAGCUGCAGGCGUUUUAAUUGUCGAUACCUUUCUGCAGUCUUAUAUGAUGCCUUUCGCUGAUCCAAAAUGCCUAGAGAUGAAUUCACUCAGUCUUGUUGGCGACAUCCCUGUCAACGCUGGCCCCUGGAGCAACAAUGAUUGGGCCAAUUGGAAUAUCGUUUCCCCAGAUAGUCCUACCUUGGCUCCUUUCCAGCAGGAGCUUAUUUUUCCAUUCUCACCCGAUCCUUUCGGGCCAAUCAUGUUCGGUGUUAGGGGCAUUGCUGGCACCGUCAACAAACUGACAACGGACGACACCUCUGGGUCGGCAUCUGUAGAGGAGAACUCUCUGCCUCCUUCGCCCGUAAAAGAAAUACAGCCAUCAAACAGACAGGCACAAACGCGUGCACCCAGCGGACUUGGCGGAGACGACGCCGAUGACGAAGACGAGCAACACAACCAACAACUGCAAGAGAGUCUCCGCCGCCGGCAAGCACAUAAUAUAGUGGAGAAGAACUAUCGGCACAGUGUGCACUCCAAGUUCAUCCACCUGCGAGAGAUCCUGAAUCAAUGUAACGGUCCUGGUGACAUUCACAUGUCAAACUCGCGACGGGCUCAACGGCCUAACACACUCCAGGAGGCCUGUGAUACUAUCCUGGACCUCCAGAGGCAGGUCAAAUCCCUGAAAAAAGAACUUUCAACCCUGUGCGAGGCGACCCUACCAGCAGAAACAUACAAAUACACUCUCCAUGAUGAGUAAAAGUGAUGAAUGUCGAAUCAGCAUUUUCUUUUUGAAAAGUCUCUUCUUUUAUCAUCAAUUAGCUCUUGCUUUAGAUGAAGUAUAUUGGGAGAAUAGUCAAGGAUGUUUCUUUAGGAUUGUGAAGUGCCCGUUUGAAACUACUAGAAAGAAAUAUUCGGAACGAUUCCUUCAGCAUAAUGAGAAUAGGAGAUUCAUGUCCCUUCUUUACAUGGCUGAAUUGUCUAUGAGACCAAUUUUAUUAUUAGGAGGCAGUG